CAACAAAACAUCUCCCCAGAAGAUCUCGAUAAAGUUAGAAACUACAAUGAACUUCAACUUGGUUAUGAAAAUCUUGAAGAUCGUUUAAGAGCCUCUAGAAAUAUUAUCAAAGAUUUAAGAGAAAAAUUAAAAGCCAUCAGAGAAUUGGAAAAAGUAUUACAACAAAAGGAUGAACAAAUUUCAAAAUAUGAAGUUACACUUAAAAAUAAAACCGAAAUGAAUGAAGAUCUCAAAAAACAACUUAGAGAAGGUAGAGAAGAAUCUCAUAGAGAAAUUAAUUUAAUGUUAUCUGCAUUCUUAAAAAUUGGUUUAGAAAUGGAACAAGUUAAACAACAAAAUAAAAAUAAUGAACCAAGAUCCUUCUUAAAUAAAAAGAGAGGUGAUUAAAUAAAAAUAAAUAUAUAAAUAAAUAAAUAAAUAAAUAAAUAAAUAAAUAAUAGCUACAAUACUUUUUUUUAAAAUAUCAAUCAAUUAUAAUAAUAUCAAUUAUAAUAAUAAAUAAUAGUAAUAAUAAAAUAAUAAUAAUAAUAAUAAUAAUAUAUUAUAUUAUAAUAUAAAAAAAAAAAAAAAAAUAAAAUAUAUAAACUAAAACAUCUUUUUUUUAUAAUC